UAAUAAAGCCCGAGAGCCAGAGGAAAACUGCACACACACAUACACACACAGAGACAGACAGGCUCGCGCAAGCAUACACACGUACACACAGACACAGAAGCAGUAGCAUCGCAAAAGCGAGCUCACAAUUGUGGAGCACUUUAUCCAGGCAACACACACACACCCACCCACCCACCCACCAGACACACGCGCGCGCAUGCAUCCCCAAGGCACAACAGAAAUGCAAUGCAUUUUAUGCGUUCGACUUGCAGACUGAUGCUCGUGUGUCACUGUCGGCACUUUUAGCACAAACCCAGUGCUCGUCGCGCAUGUGUAUGUAAUCGGCGAUUUCCGAGCCUGCAUUUGGCGGCAUGACAUGCAGAUAGAUCGUCCACAUCAGCACCACCACCAUCACCUUCAUCAUCAUCCCCAUCGUCCGUAUAUCGUGGUUUAAUGGGGCUCCUGAGGACCAUGAUGCCGCCCAAGUUUCAGCUCCUGGCUCUGAUGCUGUUCGCCCUGGCCAUGCUCUUCAUCGAGAACCAGAUCCGCAAGCUGGAGGAGUCCCGAGGAAAGCUGGAGCGGACUAUGGCCAGAUUGGAGCUGCGUGAGGUGGAGCAGAAGCAGAAUCAUGCCGCAGUUCGUGAAUCCCCUGCGCUUGCAGAGAUUGAUGAUUUGCUCAUCAUUUACAACCGGGUGCCCAAAACUGGCAGCACGUCCUUCACAAACAUUGCCUACGACCUUUGUGCCAAGAACCGAUACCAUGUUCUGCAUAUCAAUACCACCAAGAACAAUCCAGUCAUGUCCCUGCAGGAUCAGGUGAGGUUUGUAAGGAACGUGACGACCUGGAAGGAGAUGAAACCAGGGUUUUACCAUGGACAUGUAGCAUACCUGGAUUUUACCAAAUUUAGUGUGAGGGCAAAGCCCAUCUACAUUAAUGUAGUUCGUGACCCUAUUGAGCGCCUUGUGUCUUACUACUACUUCCUGCGCUUUGGAGAUGACUACAGGCCCGGCCUGAGGCGGAGAAAGCAGGGAGACAAAAAGACAUUUGAUGAGUGUGUGGCAUCAGGGGGCUCUGACUGUGCUCCAGAGAAACUCUGGCUCCAGAUUCCAUUUUUCUGCGGACAUUCGUCUGAGUGCUGGAAUGUAGGCAGUCACUGGGCUUUGGAGCAAGCCAAGUACAACCUGGUGAAUGAGUAUCUGCUGGUGGGAGUGACUGAGGAGCUGGAGGACUUCAUCAUGAUGUUGGAGGCAGCACUGCCCCGUUUCUUUAGAGGAGCCACUGAUCUCUACCGCACAGGUAAAAAGUCCCACCUGAGGAAGACGAGCGAGAAGAAGCCUCCGACUAAGGAGUCCAUCUCCAAGCUGCAGCAGUCAGACGUUUGGAAGAUGGAGAACGAGUUCUACGAGUUUGCACUCGAGCAGUUCCAGUUCGUCCGUGCUCACGGUGUCCGAGAGAAAGACGGAGAGCUCUUUGUACUAACACAGAACUUUUUCUACGAGAAGAUCUAUCCAAAAGUGAACUGAAACAAGAGAGAAAGAAUCCAUGACUUUUAACCUCUGUGUUUUCCAUCAGCACCACAAAGGAGGACAAGGAGAGGCAAAUGUCUGGAGUAGAAAAAUGGCAUUCUUGGAAAUAGAAAAAGUUUGCUUUGUGGAUUUAUGACCUCCUCAGUCAUAGCACAGUGGAAUUCUACUGUAUAUACUGUACACGAUCCAGUAGAUCCAAAACACCGUUUAUAUUGUAGAGAUGGAGAAUAUGUAAACUAUACAGCGAGCCGUGAUGCCAGGGACAUUUUGAGUACUUUGAUGUCCAGCAGUUUUCUUUUUUCAGAUUUUAUGGCAGUCUGGACAAAUUUAUCACGUGGGGGGGGGGAGGAUUUGUUUAACAUUUGGAAUCCUCCAAAAAAGAAGAUAAAGCAUAAAUCAGAGGGAAAACUCAACAGGGUGAAAAGAAUCUUGAAACUUUUUGUACCAGCCAGGAGCACAUCAAAAGCACCUUCCAUUUUAUUAUUACAAGUUCUCACCUUUUUUUUUUUCCUCAUUCUCUUUGGCUUGUGUGGAUUCUAUGAUAGAAUGCCAUAUACUGUGUUUAGUGUGAGUAUUAAGCCCCUUCAGAGGGUCAAGUUGAACCUCCAUAUAAUGUACAUAACACAUUUUAUACCCUCAGACCAAAUGGCUAGAAGAGAAACCAAGUCAUAGAUGUUGACUUUCAAUUUUGGAGUGCUGAGAAGAAAAAGAUGAAGCAGUGAUAGGAUUAUAUUGCGCUUCACAAUCCCAAAUUUUGUUUGUUUUGCAGUUUGGGUUUAAAGCAGAGGAUUUUCAGUGGACCAUUUGGGGAAAACCAUUUUUUUUUUUUUUUAUCGGAGGACAAGCAGUACAAACCACUGAUUUCUUGUGUGAUGUUGAGAAACAUUGGAUUGUCAACAAAACAAAGAUAACCUAAAUGUGUAGUCAGUGGUGUUUUUUUUACUUAGUAUUUUUUGCUACUGUAUCUGUUUUAAAAAGAUAAUGAUAAAAAAAAAGCUGCUCAGAGAAAAGUCUGAAUACCAAGAGAUUUGGCCACCAGAAACAGAAAUCACUGGAAGUCAUCUGAACUUCUUCAUUUCCCUGACUGUGACCUGUAUACUCAGAUCCCUAACUAGCUCGACGUUUAAUAGUGCCUUCAUAACCAAAUGGUCAGAAUUCAUUCUCUGAAAAACAUCACUCCCUUUUGUAGGCCAUGUGUUUUUCAGAUACCAGCUUUUGUUUCUGUUGUUCAAGUUUUCUUGGUGAAAAUUGUCUUCAAUGCAUUUUAAUAAACCCUGAACUGUCAGAGUUAA